UGCUCACAGAUUCACCUGCUCACUUUAAAGACUCAUUGUUAAACGGCUUCGAUGUCUUUCAAGUGACACGGACCAUCUCAAAUCAGAAUUAAUUUAUUCCAGCCUUUGUCAGAAAAGGAAGUGAUCUUUCCUUCUCCAUACACACAUUCUCACCAUUAUGACUGAUGAUGUGUCAUCAUUUCCUGAGGAGAUCAUGUAUACUAGGAGUCUUUGGUUGUCAGAUUAUUAUCUUUUGAAGGCUUUACAUUGAGGUGUUACUCAGCUGUAAAUUUCUGUGUCUUCUCGGGAUGCCUGUUCCUUUCCCCAUCUUACUUCUUACUAUCACCCUGCCAAAGCCAUCCAUCUACUGGCAUCAGGUUGCAGAUGCAGAAGGGAAGCAUUUCCUCCAAUGUACCACUUCGGGGGAGUAUAUGGGAAGCCUGUUCUUCCUGUACCAGGGUAGCGGCCGGGAGCCCGUGGCUGAAAAGAAAGCCUUACCCACAGAAUCUGAAGUUGUUUUUGCAGUCCACACCAUUAGUCCCAGUGAGCAGUUCCGCUGCAGCUAUGAGAUGUGGGAAGGAGGCAAAGCUGUUCAGUCCCCACUCAGCAGCCCUGUAAACAUCACUAAGGACCAUUACCCCAAGCCAUCCAUUGCUGUGAGUCCCAGUACCAAAGUCGUUGCAGGACAAGACUGGACUAUCCGUUGCUGGGCUUCAUUUGCAGGCAUAAGCUUUGUCCUUUACCAAGCCAGGGAGUUUCGGAUUGAAGUCACCCCUGAGGAGGACUCCUGCGUUGCUGAAUUCUCCCUGAGGAAUGUCACCAUGGCUGAUACAGGCCGAUAUACCUGCUAUUACCACAGCAUCACUGAACCCAUCAUCUGGUCAAAUGCCAGCAACCCAGUACAGCUGAUAGUCAUUGAUACCACUGAAGUCCCCAGUUACGAGGAGGUGUUGGUGGACUCAGCAGGGAGAUAUCGAGUAAACUGCACAUUUCCUUCCCGUGCUGAAGGCUGGUUCUAUCUUUUCCAAAAUGGCCAGCUCGUUGCUGAAACCAGAGUUUGGCAAGAUGGGAGGAUGGCAAGCUUCAACCUGUCAGAAGGGGCCUUCAACAUCACAAGGGGAAAGCUAAUCUGCCAGUAUGAGCAGAACCAACUCAAUCACACUGAGGUGUGGACACAAGAAGACUCCUGUUUUCAGAGUCCUGAUUUCACCAUGUUGAACUCACUUCGCCUCGGGAUUGGAUUCAGCCUCCUUAUCUUGGCUCUCCUUUUUGUAGCCGAUGCAUGUCGGAACAAGAUGUAUCAGGAGUACUGAGCCAUGUGAAAGAGGAUCCAAAAGCAGCAGGAUUCUGCGGAGCCAGUGGGGACCAUGAUCUGGAACCUCCUGCUCAAAUGGUGGCUGAAUCUGUUGGGAAGAGACAUCUCAUAAAUGGACCAGAAAUCACCAAUGCACAAUAGUCAGCUGUAGUCGUCUACCAGAAUGUCCACAUCAAACUGAACAGGACUUUUCUGCUACAGAUGUUUUAGUCUACAGCCAACUGUAGACACAGAAGGCUUUUAUUACUCCUAUGUGUGAUUGACUGAAAUUAUCCAGAGUGAGACUAUUAGUUUAUCUAUCUUGUGGAAAGUGCCAUGGAUCAAUGGUCAAAUAGCUGGUUCUUCUGCAGUAAAGCAAGGUUUCGUGUUUUGUCCAUCUCUGCCGCAUAGAAAGUUGCUGCCCAUUGCUUUUGGCAAUAUUAAGUUAGCUAGACUGAUGGUCUGACUGGGAGUCAAUGACAGAUUGAAAAAUUACUUACUCUAGGAACUGCAUUUCAGGAAAGUAACUUUUCCUGACUGUGGCCAAAUUAGCUUAUUAAUGCAUAUUUGGGAACUUAAAGCAGCAAAUUUUAUAAAAGGUGCAAGUGGGUUUACUAAGUGUGUUUCCAUUCCUUGUGAAAAAGAGGUGUCUGUAAAUAAAAUCUGUAAAAAAUUCAGAUUCGAGUUGUCUAGAAGAGAACGUUGGGGAGGCAGGGGCAGAUUCUCACGUGCCCCAGUUCAGACAUGUAGGUCUCUAGAAGGGCCUUGUCUAUCUCUAUUCAGAAAUAUAGAAGUAAAUACUGCUUAUGUGAAAAAACCGGGUAAACCUUGCUCUCUGUGGAUGUGUAGCACAGGAAAAGAGGACUCAUAGCACAAUCUCCAGUGUGGAUGGAAGGAUUGCUCAAGUGAGACUUAAAAUAGAUUGCACUGAAGAUAAGAACCUUUUAAGCAUGAAGCAGACUGCACCAGAUUUUCCAUUAUGGAUAGGUCCUUAUUUUCAGAUGUGGGUGUGUGAUUGUACCUGUACGUUACACACUCUAUUGGUGGAAUGUGGGAAUUAAUUGCAGGUUUGAUUUACAUAGAUGUCACGUUAUGUCUAGGAGUGUUGGGACAAAAACGGCUGAUUUUGCUGUCAAGCAGGAGGAAUCCAUUCAUUUUCAGGUUCUGUCUGCAGUUUUUUGAAAAUAAAGUCCAGCUAUAUCUUGGUUUUAUCUCCAGAUGAUGCAAUUUUCCAAAAUCAAUAUUAGCGUAAUAGGUUUGUAAUGCCAAACAAAAGGGCAUAAAGUGUAUGAAAGUCUUUGAGACCAUAUAUUCUUAAUCAGACAAUACAGUAUGUUGUAAAAAACUAUGGGGAGGAACAGGAAGAUGUCAAAUGUCGAAGAAACUAAUAUAUGAUGUCUGCACAAUCUCAGUCAUGAGUUCCAAUGGGGCCAGAGAGGUCUCUGCAAAUAUCCAAAGAACUUCAGGUGAAAUCUAAAACCACUGAACCACCUGCUAG